AUGAGUCAUGUGGAGGAAGCAGCCCGCCGGCUGUCCAAAACUGGGACAAGCCUCUACGCAGUGCUGGAGCUUAAGAAGGGUGCCUCGCCUGAGGAAGUCAAAAAGGCCUACAGCUACUCCCUAUUCUCUCCCCUCCCCCCUUUUGGGUAUUGCCUGGGUAGGAGACUGGCCUUGAAGUAUCAUCCAGACAAGAAUCCAGGGGACCCUCAAGCAGCAGAAAUAUUCAAAGAGAUCAACACAGCCCACUCUAUACUGAGUGACCAUAAGAAGCGGAAAAUCUACGACCGGCAUGGCUCACUGGGAAUAUAUUUAUAUGAUCACUUAGGCGAAGACGGCGUCAAAUACUAUUUUAUAAUGAAUAGUUGUUGGUUCAAGACACUUGUCCUCCUGUGUGUUCUGCUGACCUGCUGCUGCUGUUGCUGCUGCUGCUGCUUUUGCUGUGGAACACUGAAGCCGCCACCUGAGGAGGUGGCAAGGAGAAAAUACCAGCAGAACGUCCAUACUCAGCCUCCGAGAGCAGGAAACAGAGAAAAUUUUAGAAGCGGGGGAGAUGAUUCUAGUGACGAUGAUGGUUAA